AUGACAGACGUGAACGAGUGGCAAGUGCUGAAGUUUCAGCCAUGGAAUAGCGCACCUGAUGUAUCUUUCUGGCAAACUUUUGCAUCACUAAAGCUGAAUAAAUUUCAGCUUGACGACCAAGCGCAGGAAAUAACGGGAUAUUUUACUACUGGGAGGUCGGUGGACGUCCCCGCACGUUUCACCGUUGAUGACGCGGCAUUUCAAAGUGCCCAUGGGACCCAAAAAAAAGACACGAGGGAUACGGAUCGUGCUCGAUAUGAAUGGCAAGCUCCUGGACUACUAUUCAACACUAAUACUUUAGAAGUAAUGUUAUGGGUGGCUUUUAAGAAACUGGACAAAACUACGUUACUUCGAAAUGCUGGAGAAAAGAUCUUGGAUCUGAUUCUUAAAAGUGAUGAAGAGAACAUUGCGGUGGACCAUUUGAAUAGCUUCGUGCUCGUGACUUAUGCCGAUUUAAAAAAACACUCGUUCCUGUAUUGGUUCGGAUUUCCGGCGUUGUCCCCACCGACGUCGUUUCAAUAUCGAGUUCCACCUGCAUCAGUAUCCUCGAUUUUGUCCGCCAAGGAACAGGCUCAUGUACUUCGUGGUCUGCUAAAGUUGCGUCGUGUGAGCAGUGAGACAGGUGCAGUGAAAGGCAACUUUGCACCAUUUUUCGUUGUGGAGCGUCUAAAUGGAGGUGCAAACAGCGACCACGUUGUGAGAGUUUUGGAUGUUCACGAGUGGAGGGCACUACAUCACACUCCGGAUGACGUGAAUGAGACAAUCUUUGGUUUUGUUGACCCUUGCCCUCUAAAGACUAAUCCUGGAUGGCCUCUGCGUAACUUCUUGGCGCUGCUUACUGCGUUACCAGCUGAGAAAGCAAAGUGCUCAAGAUCCAUAAAAAUCAUCUCUUUUCGUGAGCAUGUGCAUCAGUUCACUACAGUGCCUAACGACUUUGAAUGGAAAAGGUCGGUGGUAUUUGAGGUGAGAAGCGAUCAGACGUUCAUGGCAAACGGCCGGCUACGGCAAGAUGUGCGCGUUAUAGGUUGGGAAGCCAACGUUCAUGGCAAAAUGGGCCCGCGAGUGAUGAAGCUUGGCGGUAUCUUGGAUCCCAUUCGGCUUGCGGAGACGUCGGUGGACUUGAACUUGAAACUCAUGAGAUGGCGCCAGCUUCCGUCUCUCGACUUAGACCUGCUUGCACGGACUAAGUGUCUGCUACUCGGAGCGGGGACUCUUGGUUGUUAUACGGCUCGAAGCUUGCUUUCGUGGGGUUUUCGCAACAUCACUUUUGUCGACAAUUCCACGGUGAGCCAUUCUAAUCCCGUGCGGCAACCUUUGUUCGAGUUUCAAGACGUUGGAAAGCCUAAAGGCGAGUGCGCAGCAAACGCGUUAAAGCGUAUAUAUCCGCUUGUGAAUUCUCAGGCCUUGAAUCUUACGAUUCCAAUGGCAGGCCACGCAUUAAGCAGUCCACAGUUAAUGGAGGACGCCAAAACAGGUUUAAAGACGCUGGAACAGCUUAUUGAGUCACACGAUGUCGUUUUCUUGGGAACGGAUUCGCGUGAGAGUCGAUGGUUGCCGACCGUGAUCGCCUCGUCUAAGAGGAAGCUCCUUCUGAAUGCAGCACUUGGUUUCGACAGCUAUCUAGUGAUGCGCCAUGGUGUCCACCCUGAGCAGGUAAAUGAUGAUGCAACUAAACCAUCGCUAGGUUGCUACUACUGCAACGAUAUCGUGAGUCCUCGUGACUCACUGAAGGACCGUACGCUCGAUCAAAUGUGCACAGUGACUCGACCAGGACUUGCUCCAAUUGCUGCAGCAACGGCAGUGGAACUACUCGUUGCUGUUUUGCAUUCGCCUCAGAAAAAAUAUGUGGGUGCGGACAAACCAAGCGAUGGUUCGGUCCCGAUGGGCUUUAUUCCGCACCAGCUUCGAGGGUUCUUGAAUGCGUUUCAAACCAUGGUGAUAACAGGCGAAGCGUUUGACAAGUGCAUUGCAUGCAGUUCAAAAGUCCUGAACGCUUAUGCUGCUGAUGGUCUCGGUCUCCUUGAAAAGGCAUGCAAUUCUACUGCGUAUCUCGAAGAGCUUACCGGCUUAAACCAAUUAACAGAAGAGGCAGAUUCACUCAUUAUUGACCUUGAAGACAGCGACGAAGACGGUGAUAUGAUCUAA